CAUAGUUCCUCACAACUAUUCAAUCCGAAUAGAUUAUUCGACGAUCUGUCAGUCGUAUACAGCGUUCUUAUAAAAAAAAUAUCCAUAAUACUUUCAACUUUUUCUUUUAAUAUCUUCACGAAGAGUAACGAGUGCUAUAAUUCUGUUUAGUAAUAUUUAUCAAAAAUUUAUCAUUUUGCAAUCAUAGACAAGAUAUUGCAACAAUACAAUAUCGUUAAUAUGAAGCCACGAACAAGGAUCUCUUGUGUUUAUUUAUUUACCAAGAUCGAGAAUCGGUAUUAAUUCUUAGGUUCUAUUAACGAUAUUCAAACUUGUGAAAUACCUUGCCUCAUAGCUUUUGUAUGCAUGAUAUUUCGUCGAAUAAAUUAUCGUGUCGAAAUAUCUCGUCCAUGCAGUGGUACGAAUUUAUAUAUGCAUGCAAUAUCUUUUGUUAAUUGCAAAGAGAUUAAAAUAAAAUUAUAAUAAAUCAUUGGUUAAAAUUAUUCGAACAUAAAAAAAAUAAAAAUAUUCAACAUAUCUGGUUUAAAUGUAAAAAAAAAAACUUGGAUAUCAAACGGAAGAGGCCGUAUAAAAUAUAUUUGUUGACAAUAAGGAGAUUUUUUUUUUUUUUAAAGAAAACUCGUAAAUUUCUGUGAAAAAAAAAAAUAACAAUAUAUACAGUGAUAUAUAAUUCGAAAUUCAAACAGACGUGUGAUCCAUUCUCAUCGCAUAUUUGAAAUUCUCAUCGUCGAUUUGAAAUUGAAAUUUAAAAUAAAUAAAUAAAUAAAUGAAAUAAUUUAUUUCGUCGUUGAGUUACGUUUUAAUCUUUCAUCAAUAAUAAUAAUAAUAAUAAUAAUUUUAAAAUAAAAUCAAUUGUUCCAAGUGACUAUGAAACUAUCAAUAGUAUUUUUUUGCGCGAUACUAUCGGUAUGUUACGGAUACCGAAUAUUAGGAGUGUUUCCUUUCAACGGAAAGAGUCAUUUCAUGAUGUUCGAACGACUGAUGAAGAUUCUGGCCAAAAAGGGCCAUCAAGUUGACGUGAUCUCCACGUUCCCCUUGAAGAAACCGUAUCCAAAUUAUACAGAUCUUAUUGUGCUUCCCGUAUCUUCGUCAUGGAUAAACAAUUUAACUUUUCACGAGAUACAAAAUUCGUUCAUUGUAUCAGCUCCCUUCAUCGUGGGACAAAUGGCAGGAAAUAUGAUUUGCGAAUUUUUGAAACAUCCGAAGAUACAGGAAUUAAUACACGAUCCGCCUAAAAACCCGCCUUACGACGCGAUCAUCUUGGAGAUAUUCGGUGCACACUGUUUCGGUAUAAUAGCCGACGUUCUGAAAGUACCGAUGAUAGGAGUGAGCAGCUCUGUGCUCUACCCGUGGUCCUACGAUUACAUCGGAUGCCCUCACAAUCUUGCAUACGUGCCGCACAAUUUACUUUCCUAUUCCCAGAAUAUGAAUUUCUGGCAGAGGAUGUACAAUUUUUUGGACAAUCUUUACUCGAUAUGGGUGUUCAACCAUGUGACGGUUAAGCAGACGGAGAUUAUGAGGAAAUACGUUAAACCCGAUGCGCGAAAUAUCAGAGAUUUGGAGAGGAAUAUGUCGAUAAUCUUAGUGAAUUCGCAUAUAUCGACAAAUGGUAUUAAAAACUUGAAUCCGGCACUCAUAGAAGUCGGAGGAUUGCACGUACACGAUGACGAGACAGUAUUAUUAUCACCUAGUCUGGAAAAAUGGAUGAACGAGAGCGAACACGGAUUUAUCUAUUUCUCGUUCGGUUCGAUGGUGAUGAUCGAAUCAUUCCCGAUCGAAACCCUUCGAAUCUUUUACGAUUCUAUGAGGAAAAUAGCACCUGUUCGUGUGUUGAUGAAAAUAGCAAAAUCGGACAAACUUCCGCCUGGUUUGCCGGAGAACGUCUACAUUUUACCGUGGAUACCGCAAGUCAAAGUUCUCAAGCAUCCGAAUAUAAAAGCAUUCAUCACGCAUGGAGGUCUUAUGGGAAGCCAAGAAGCUAUUCAUUAUGGAGUUCCAAUGAUCGGUAUACCUUUGUUUGCUGAUCAGUUUAUAAAUAUCGAUAACUACGUUCGAUUGAACAUUGCAAUAAAAUUAAAAAUUGUUAGUCUAACUCAAGAAGAAAUGGAUCACGCCUUGAAUGAAAUUUUAAAUAAUCCUAAAUACAAAAAAGCGAUAAAGGAACUUUCAAAGAAGUUUUUAGAUCGACCAAUGAAUUCUGCGGAUACUGCAAUUUAUUGGAUCGAAUAUAUUAUCAAAUAUGGAUCAACUGUGCUCAGAUCACCUGCGAUGGAUCUAACGUGGUGGCAAUUGGAACUAUUAGACGUUUGCGGAUUCCUCUUGAUAGUGGCGUUAGUAGUACUUUAUCUUCUGACGAUAGGAUUACGAUUCAUAUAUCGUUUAAUAAAUUCGAGUUUCAUUGUGCCACAAAAGAAAAAAAUAUCUUAAGAUUCUUAGAAUUAUUAAAAUUAUUGAAAUUCUUUGUUUCUGUUUUAAAUUUAUAAUUUUAAUUAUUCAUCUUAUGACUCUUCUUGUCCUUUCGAAAGGUUUUUAAAUUUAACUAGAUGAUUAUUUUAUUAUUCAGAAUUAUUAAAAUUAGAAAUUGAAUAGUGGCAUAAUGGUUAAAAUAAUUUUUAAUUUCGUGACACGCGAUUGUGUUAAAAAAU